GGCUCUUCCCCUUUAAGCAGGACGUACCAAGCGCCGCGGGGGUGGGUUGGGGUUCAGCGUGUGUCCCGGGGCGCCUCCGGGCCAGCCCGCCAGGCCGCGGCGAGAGGCAGAGGCGGGAGAAGCCCCGAGCCGCGCAGGGCCGCCGCCGCCGGGCGCUCCCCGUCGUUUGCCCGCGCCGGCAGCUCCUCCUCUGCGGGGAGGGGAAUCGUCCCGUCCUUCCAGCAUGGCCGCCACCAUGAAGAAAGCGGCUGCAGAAGAUGUUAACGUUACUUUUGAAGAUCAACAGAAAAUUAACAAGUUUGCAAGAAAUACUAGCAGGAUCACAGAGCUGAAAGAAGAAAUAGAAGUGAAAAAGAAACAGCUUCAGAAUUUGGAAGAUGCUUGUGAUGACAUCAUGAUGCUCGAUGAUGGUGACUCCCUUCUGAUACCCUACCAAAUUGGAGAUGUCUUCAUCAGUCAUUCCCAAGAAGAGACGCAAGAGAUGCUGGAAGAAGCAAAGAAAAGUUUACAAGAAGAAAUUGAAGCGUUGGAAUCCCGAGUGGAAUCAAUUCAGAGGGUGUUAUCUGACCUGAAGGUUCAGCUUUAUGCAAAGUUCGGAAAUAACAUAAAUCUUGAGGCUGAGGACAGUUAAAGGUGUUCUAAAUAUACUAUAUAACUUUUCCUUGUUUUAUUAAAUGUUUUGAUAACAUUGUUCUGAUUACAUUUUUAAAAAAAUCCACCACUGUUUCUUUUUUUUUUUUUUCUUUACUUUCCUGUCUUGGGUUCUACCUAUUUAACAAGAGCUUUCUUAUUUUGGUUAUUGCGGUUAUUUAUUUGUUCAGGAAAGCAUUAGCUUCAUACUGCUGGUAAAGCAUCAAGAUUGGAAUAUUUGCAUUGUGUAUUAAAAUAAUAAAGUCAGGCACAUAUUGUA